AUGGUUCUUCGGUCCAUUUACCUCGUUCCUUUGGCAUACGGAGCUUGUGCUUUGGGAGCUACGGGAACCAAGUGAGUUGAUCGACGCGAAAAUUUGUUUUCUCUGGAGAAGGCGGUGUACACAUCGCUCAUAAAACUCUAAUCUGUCAAUAAACGUUCCCGAUUAAGUUUCUCAUAACAAAAGAAAACUUUCAUGCUCGUUUUGAUUCAUUUCUAUUUCAAAACAAUUUAUUUAAAAAAAGUCUUAGAAAUUCUUAUUGUUUUGUCGACGGAUACUACGACUGAUAAGGACGUGUGCUGAUAAAAUUAAGAUCUUUGAAAAGACAGGAUUCCAAGUUUUGAGCCCUUCUAAGAGGUCAGCUUUUCUGGAAAGGAAGCUUCCGCACGAAGCUUCUGAUUUUCCAGGGAUUUCGCUAAAGAUACAGUAACAUUGGAGACAGAAUAUACUCACUCUUAUUUCUAAUAGUUGCGAAAAUUUCAGAUAUUUUUUCGUUUCUCUUAUCAGAAGGUACCCGCAGUUUCUACCUUUUUUAAGGUAUUUCCAAACAAAAAAGAAUAAUAAUUUGAACUUUCCAGCCACACUCAAGUUUCCUUGUUAGGCGAGUGUCUGUUUUGCCAUCUGGUGAGCUUCUCAGCCUUUCUGCGUGAGCCUCAGACUUCUUUUCCUUCUGAGAACCUCUUUCAGUGCUUCUGACAUGCUACAUCCGACAUCGCCAGGCCGUCGAGUACUACUGCCACCGACUCGAGUGGGAAAGUUCCGCAUGGCGCCGCGCAUCUUUCGUUCUUGCCGGUGUGGGCUCAAUUUCCGCGUUCUUCAUCACCAUCAUCGCCCAUUGCGAGGUUUUCGUCGCGACGAUCUUUCCACUAGAGCUUUUCGGCUUUCAGGAUGAGAAGUUGGCAACGAUCCACGACGUCGCAGACUCUUUGGCUUUCUUCUGUGGUUUCGUCUACGCCUGGGGACAAACAAUACUGAGGUGCGAUGAGAGUUUAUUUCGUACCUGGUAGAUUCAAAAAUUAAAGAAGCAUACACACUUUUUUUGUAAAGCUGUUGUCGAGAGCGCCAUCCUGAAAAAAAGUUUUUUUUUGUGGCUAGAACUGCGUGAGCUGCUCUGAAUUUUUUUAGCGUAGCGGAAAAAAACUGCAAACUCAGUUGAACCUUCGAGAAAAAUUUCAACGAACUAAUUUUUUUCGAAAAGUUUGAUUGUUUUGAACUACAUGCAAGCACAACGAUAUGAAGCUUUUGACUUGCCUCUGAAGGCUAAAUAAACUCAAAAACAUACGCCCGAGAAGGCUCAAGCUCUGUUUUUUUUUUAGCAGCUUUGUCAUCCCCAGAAUGUGCUCCCUGCGCGUCUGCGUAGCUCGUUUUCUCAUAGUUCUCAGCGAAACUGUAGCCUACGGAUUCUGUAAGCCGUUCUCCUUUUCGACCCAGAGUAUUGCCUUCAGACAGAUUCGCGAAAAACGACGCCGAGCUGUCGUCUUCCUGGGUGGUGGAGGCAAGUCUGUGGACGGUUUCUGUCUGUUUCCAUCUCUUCGUCGUUUCUUUUUUCAUCGAGCUUCGCUUCGCUUAUGCUCACGCUCCUCGGGUCGUCUUUGUUCUCUCAGGUAGAGAAUCUCUUUACGUUUGAAUCCUUUAACUGUUCUGAUCUUCAGAUGAAGUCGAAGAACUCGUAUAUUCCAGAACAGGUUCAAUCGAUUGA